CUGACGUCAGGCUUCGACUCACAUAGCAGCAGACUGAUCCCUAAACACCCCCCCACAUUCACCCAAAACACAAAGCAGUCCCUUUUCUCCGUCUCAAGCUGCUGGUCUUUGAGUCUUCGAGAAGCUGAAGCGAAACACAUGCACCUCAAGCAAACUGGAAAUCUAACGCAGUUGACUGCAGUCGUGCAGGCGUUCUGCGGUCGGACCAUGGACGCGCGGAGGGAGCACUUCCAUUACACAGACGCCGUCGAGCAGAUUUGAAAGGCAUCGGCCGAGAUGCACCGUGGCUGCUGUUACCAAGCGCCGAUCUAUAGUGAUACCGGCCGGGUUUUAUCAUGGUUUUCAGACGGUCAGCUCGGAGAAUGCGGUGGCUGGGAUGUUAUCGUUUGGGGACCGUAUGGAAAGCACUUCUGGUAUUUGUUGUCAUCGGAUUUGCGGGACAACUUCUGGGAGUCAUCUUCAACAAGAGCUGGAUGCAGCCAGAGAGACCUCACUCCGUCUACGCUCUUCCCUCUGAGAAUUCCCAAGGGGACUCUCUGGGGUCUUGCCAGCCCCACACCCACAUCAUGUUCCUGAAGACUCACAAGACGGCAAGCAGCACCGUUCUCAAUUUGCUCUAUCGCUUUGGAGAGGAGCGGGGCCUUAAAUUUGCCCUUCCUGUGGGGUACCAAUUUGGCUACCCACUGCCCUUUAUCGCCCAGAGGGUGAAAGGAUACAGAGGCCCUCAUGUGGCAGAAUUUGACAUUAUGGGAAAUCAUAUGCGGUUCAACAAACCAGAGGUUGAGAAGGUCAUGCCAGCUGACACCUUCUAUUUCUCCAUCCUUCGAGACCCUGUGGCGCUAGCUGAAUCCUCCUAUGCCUACUAUAAAAAUGUUGCCCCUGCCUUCAGGCGUGCCAAAGGACUGGGUGAUUUUGCAGACAACCCCUAUAAGUACUACGACCCCAGACUCCGAAACAACCAUUAUGCCCGCAACCUGAUGUGGUUUGAUUUUGGUCUGGAUCAUACCUCCAACUUCAGCCUCGGGCUGGUCAAGCGCGGUGUGGCAGCAGUGCGUCGGAACUUCAAGCUCAUCCUUAUCUCAGAGUACUUCGACCAAUCUAUGGUGCUGCUCCGUCACGCUCUUUGCUGGCCGCUAGAUGCUGUGGUUUCUUUUAGCCUGAACGCCAGGCAGCAAAUGCCCAGUGGAAGAUCAGGAUGGGUGGUCAAGGCUGCAGCUCCAGCUCCUUUGGCAUUAACAGACAAGCAAAGAUCGAAAUUACGUGAAUGGAAUGCACUAGACUGGCACCUUUACCAAGCUUUUAAUCUCACUUUUUGGCAGGACGUAGAGCGCUUCGGGCGUAGUAGGAUGGAGUCUGAGGUGGCCCUGCUUAGGACCAAACGGGAGGUUCUCACUCGCAUCUGCUUGUGUGAUGGCGGCCGCCCCAUAGAGGCCAGUCGCAUCCGGGACAAGACCAUCCGCCCUUUCCAGAGCGGAUUAGUGAAGAUCUUGGGUUACGAGUUGCAGUCGGGACUAGACAACGCCACGUGGGAAGCUUGCCUACGCAUGAUCAGGCCUGAGAUCCAAUACAAAGACUUGCUGGAUCUUCGGCAGUUCCCUCGAGCCCAGCAACCCCCAGCCGCUGCCGCUGGAGGGCUUCCACUAAAGAGGGAGCCCUCAAUACUCAGGACUGAAGACCAUGGGGGAAAGAGGUUGGUGGAGAAGGACUGGGAUGGGACCAUUCUGUUUCGGAAUCAAUCAUUAGAGCAGGUUGAUUCAAAAGUAAGACUUAGAUAGUGAGCUAGUUGCACCUUUUUGCCUCAAGGUCAGUAGUUCUGACCCAUUUUGGCUCGACGGGCCUCUGUGCUGCACUACUAGAGGAGAAGGGAUAUCCAAGACAUACAACACACUACUUUAUCAUCGAUUCUUCCUUCCUCCAUCUUGCCCUUCUACACUCUUAUUUUAUACAACAUGGAGUUUCAGAGUGAAGAAGAGGUCUGUGAGUACAUUGCAUUGGUUGGGGUGAUAUAAUGGUACAUGCAUGCCAUAUGGAGGCUAAAUGCACAGACUCACUGUCGUGAGUUUGAUAUUGGGGAGAAGUGAGAAAAUGCUGCUUCCCUGUCCAUGAUGAAUCCAAGGUAUGUUACAAAAAAUUUAGCAGUGAGUGCACGUUAUGUAAGUGGUUGCAGUGUUUCAAACAUACUGCUAAAAGCCCACUUUUAAAUAGGUAAAGUAUCUUUGAUACGUUAGCGUUCAAAAGUUUGGGGUCAAUAAAAUUCUUUUUGA